AUGACAGACAAGAUCUGCAUUCGCGACCUCACUGUCCGAAACAUCAUUGGCGUUGAUGCCUGGGAGCGGUCGAAGCGUCAGCCCAUUAUCAUCAACCUCACCGUCUACACCAGCGUUUCUGAGGCAGGCGAUACCGAUCACCUGCCCUACUCGAUUCACUACGGAGUCCUCUGUAAGACCGUUGAAGCUCAUUCCGAAAAGACCGAGUUCCGAUCUGUCGAGGCUUUGGCCGAUUCCAUUGCCCGUGUCGUUAUCACUAAAUGCCACGCACCCAAGAUCACGGUCAGGAUCGACAAGCCCCGAGCACUCUUGCAUGCGGCCUCUGCCGGUGUUGAGAUCACGCGCUCGCGAUCGGACUACACGGAGGAGCAACUCCAGGACACGGUGCCUUGCCCGAUCAAGUUCAACCAGCAGGAUAUUAUCUUUGUCAAGGACCUGAGGCUCUCCUGCAUCAUUGGCGUCAACCCAUGGGAGCGUGAAGAGGAGCAGGUUGUCGUGUUGAACUUGCAGAUCUAUCCGGGCAUGGAUGAUACGUCCGACCGCAAGGCUGAUUAUGUCUCGAGCACACAUAAUUACCGUACGAUCGUCAGGACGAUCACAAAAUACAUCGAGGCCUCAUCGUACAAGACCGUCGAAGCUUUCGUUACUUCUGUGGCUAGGAUCGCGAUCGAGAAGUGCCAUGUCAGCAAGAUCACGGUCAAGAUGGAGAAGCCGAGCGCGAUUGUGUUUGCGGGCUCGGCGGGUGUGGAGAUCACGCGUGAUAGGGCCUUCUUUGCAAAGUCGGCAGCUAACAAAGCACAUACCCGUGGAGUUCCUUCGGUGUCGGCCAUCCAUGGAUUGCCUGGGCUCUCUGCGGACUCGAAGCUCCAGAUCCGAGGACCUGUGCCGGCUCAUUUGACACAUGAGGUUUAUUUGGCACUGGGAUCGAAUAUGGGCGAUUCGGCUGCGAACUUGACAAACGCACUCAAGAUGCUGGAGCAGGGCGAAAAUGUGCGUGUGGUCGAUACCUCAUUCAUGUAUGAGACGCCACCCAUGUAUGUCACGGAUCAGCCUCCCUUUCUUAAUGCUGCGUGCAAGAUCAAGACGGAUUUGGCACCAAAGGACCUAUUGAAGAAAAUCAAGGAGAUUGAGGCUGAGAUGGGUCGCGACUUCAACACGAUCCGCAAUGGACCUCGACCCAUUGACAUCGAUAUUCUACUCUAUGGUUCGGUCGAAUACCAAGAUGAUACCCUUACGAUUCCCCAUGUCGCUAUGCAGGAACGCGAAUUUGUCCUGAGACCCCUCUGCGAUAUUGCCAAGGAUGUCGAGCAUCCCAAACUGUACCGCCACAUCAGUCAGCUCUUGUCACAGCUGUUGCUCAAACAGGAGGAGUCGAAGGAAAUGAAUGGCGUGAUCCACAAGUCCUUCCCCCUGCGCCACAAGAUUGUCCACUGGGAUUCCAAGACCCUAGUGAUGGGAAUUCUAAACACGACCCCGGAUAGCUUCAGUGACGGUGGCGACUACAGCACCGCAGAGGCGGCAGCGCUCCGGGCUCAGCAGCUGGUGGACGAUGGUGCGGACAUUAUUGAUAUUGGUGGCAUGUCGACCCGCCCGAACUCUGUCGAGAUUUCAGAGGAGGAAGAAAUUCGUCGUGUAGUGCCUGUGAUCAAAUUGCUGCGCGCGCGUGGAUUCGAUGCACCGAUCUCUGUGGAUACGUUCAGGGCCGGCGUCGCGGACAAGGCGAUGGAAGCAGGAGCGGACCUGAUCAACGACGUUUCGGCAGGUCAACGGGACCCGGCAAUGUACAGUGUGAUGGCAAAGUGGAACGUUCCUGUGUGCUUGAUGCACAUGCGCGGAGACUCGAAGACGAUGAUGUCGCAAACGGACUAUGGUGAGAGGAACGAUGUGAUCGGCGAGAUCUCGAGGGAUCUGAACAAGUCGAUCCAGAGGGCGAUUGCGGCGGGUGUUCAUCGAUGGAAUAUUAUUGUGGAUCCGGGGAUUGGAUUUGCGAAGGAUAGUGAGCAAUCGUUGCAGGUGCUGCGUCGUCUGCCAGAGAUGAUUUUGGAUCCGAAGAGCCCCUUGGCAGGGUACCCUUGCUUGGUGGGACCAUCGAGGAAGGCGUUUAUUGGACACUUGACGCAGCAACAGGACGCGACGAAGCGUGCAUGGGGCACUGCGGCGGCGUGCUCGGCGUCUGUGGCCGGUGGAGCAGGGAUUGUGAGGGUGCAUGAUGUGAAGGAGAUUCGGGACGUAAUUAAGGUAUCGGACGCUAUUUGGCGUGUGCAUGCGUAG